UGUCGCAAAUGCCGUUUGGCGUUGUGACUCCAUUUAUGCGGUAUUUCCAAGCGGGAAGCAGCAGCCAGGUCAGCAAGAUUAAUACAGUGGUCGGUUAGACAGCAGUCUCUCCGAUUAUAGACUUCGCUGGUAGGGGAUCUACUAAAAAAAGGAAUAUGCCCCGAGAAAUCAUAACACUUCAACUUGGCCAAUGUGGAAACCAAAUUGGUUUUGAGUUUUGGAAACAACUCUGUGCAGAGCAUGGCAUCAGUCCGGAGGGGAUUGUGGAGGAGUUUGCCACAGAGGGCACUGACAGGAAGGAUGUCUUCUUCUAUCAGGCAGACGAUGAACAUUACAUCCCCCGUGCUGUUUUGUUGGAUCUGGAGCCCAGGGUGAUCCACUCUAUCCUCAACUCCCCCUACGCCAACCUGUACAACCCAGAGAACAUCUACCUGUCGGAGCACGGAGGAGGUGCAGGGAACAACUGGGCCAGCGGCUUCUCGCAGGGUGAGAAAAUCCACGAGGAAAUCUUCGAUAUCAUCGACAGAGAGGCGGACGGCAGCGACAGCUUGGAGGGUUUUGUCCUUUGUCACUCCAUCGCUGGGGGAACCGGAUCCGGACUGGGAUCCUACCUGCUGGAGAGGCUCAAUGACAGGUACCCUAAGAAGCUGGUGCAGACCUACUCUGUGUUUCCUAACCAGGAUGAGAUGAGCGAUGUGGUGGUGCAGCCCUACAACUCACUGCUCACACUCAAGAGGCUCACCCAGAACGCAGACUGUGUGGUGGUACUGGACAACACUGCUCUGAACCGCAUCGCCACCGACAGGCUGCACAUCCAGAACCCCUCCUUCUCCCAGAUCAACCAGCUGGUUUCCACCAUCAUGUCAGCCAGCACAACCACCCUGCGUUACCCUGGAUACAUGAACAACGACCUGAUUGGUCUGAUCGCCUCUCUCAUCCCCACGCCCCGCCUUCACUUCCUCAUGACUGGCUACACACCGCUCACCACUGACCAAUCGGUGGCCAGUGUGAGGAAGACCACCGUGCUGGAUGUGAUGCGGAGGCUGCUGCAGCCCAAGAAUGUCAUGGUGUCCACGGGCAGGGACAGACAGACCAACCACUGCUACAUUGCCAUCCUCAACAUCAUCCAGGGAGAGGUGGACCCCACCCAGGUCCACAAGAGCCUGCAGAGGAUCCGAGAGCGUAAGCUGGCCAGUUUCAUCCCCUGGGGUCCAGCCAGCAUCCAGGUAGCUUUGUCCAGGAAGUCCCCGUACCUACCUUCCGCCCACCGCGUCAGCGGCCUGAUGAUGGCCAAUCACACCAGCAUCUCCUGUCUGUUCGAGCGGACUUGCAAGCAGUACGACAAACUGCGAAAGCGCGAGGCCUUCCUGGAGCAGUUCCGCAAGGAAGACAUCUUCAAGGAAAACUUUGACGAGCUGGACAACUCCCGCGAGGUGGUGCAGCAGCUCAUCGACGAGUACAGUGCUGCCACGCGGCCCGACUACAUCUCCUGGGGAACUCAGGAGCAGUGAGGACAGAUGAGAUAUACACCCGUCACAUGACAUGGGUCCCUCCCUCAGACACCCCUGUCACAUGACAUGGGUCUGGUCCCCCUCUACAGCCCAACCAGGGAAAGAUGGGGCUGAGCUAGUUGCCUCCUGUGACACCUGCCCCAUCCCUAUGGAGAAAAGUGUUCAAGUUCAUCCCUGCUGCUUUUCUUCCCUCUUCUGUCCUUAAGCUCUGUUUGGGAGUUAAAACAACGCUUCAAUCUGUGUGCCUGUAUCCAAUCCCCACUGAUGGUUAUGAAUAGUCUUUCUCUCUCUCAUGCAGGAUUCCAAAACGACCCCUGCCACGAGACACUUCAUGGAUAGUAGAUCUGAAAGGAUCAAAUGGGUAUCAGCUCCAUCUUGUUCUCUUGACAGGUGGAAUGUAUAAUAUUGUGCCCGGUGGUUAAGGGUUGAUUUGGAAUUCUACAUCAGAACUCGUAGCCUCGUUUGGCACUAUUUUUAUACUGUGUAGUACUACUCUGCUUUUGUGCUGUUCCUUUUGCAGUCACACCGACUAACAUACCAGCCGGAGAAACACGCGAGUGUCCUUGACGGGGGAAUGGAAUAAAAUGCCUGGUGUGACUAUUGUCUUUGUACAUUUCUGAAAGGUUUAUGAUACCAGAGCCCAUGAUGAUCAAGCUCUGACAGGGUAGUCAAUAGGCCUCGGAUCAGUUGCUGCUGUCCCGUAUGUACUUCCCAACACAUAUUUAAACCAAAACGUCUGUUUCCAAAGUAUGGCAAUGGUCAUUGUUAUUGCAGAGGACAGCCUACUUCUCUACUUUGGUGCCGGAGUGUAAAUCCAUACUUUCUCUUUCUCUACGUGCAUCAAGUUAAAUCGCAUCUACAGUUUUCCUUUUUUUGUAGCCAUCCAGAUGUAUAUACUUUUCAUGUUGAGCUUUGUGUUGUGAAUUUCUUUUAUUUUUUUUAAUAAUUCUAUGAGAAUAUUCUUCAUUGCCAUUGGUGGACUUAAGUGUGAGCUGCAUGCUGCUGUUCAUAUAAAUAAUUGUAAAACUAUUAGGAUAAAGUGGUACUUGUUCAUUACUGCAUCAUGUACAAUCACUGACAUGCAGUCCUUAGCAGUUAGUCUUUGUAUUCUGAAAAUGCCCGCUUCAAAGCUUUUCAAGGGUCCACAAAAGAAUGCCAGAUAAAGCUUUACAACUCA